CUUUAUUCUGUUGUUACGACGCCUCUUGACAACAGCAAAAAUGGCAUCCUACUAAAACCGUCAGACACGCAUAUGAACGAAGGAAGCCUAGCGUGAUGCAGAUGAGGACGGAUACGGCGACUGGCACUGCCAGCGGCCUUUCUGAACAAAUAGACGAACUACGUGGUAAACUUCAUCUGAAAGAGCGAGAUGGCAAGGCGUAUUACGAAGGCUCAGAGGCACUUAAGACGAAGAACGAAGAGCUUAUUGCCCGCCUCCGCGCGGAGAACAAAUACAAGCGUGUUGCCCUGAAUAGAAGUAUCAAAGCGGACACGUCUGUGAUCCAGUCCGUGUUUCACAACCGGAAGGAGGAGCUGCUCUCUAUGCAUCGAUACACAGCCGAGAAAGCCAUACGCGUGAUGGACCAGAAAGUCUGCGAGGCCAGCAAGAGGUUGAACAGCCAGCAGCAUGAAGUAACGCAAAAGGAAAACCAGUUAGAUGAACUGGAAUUGGAAUUGUCCCGAAUGCUGGAUAUGGUUUCAUAUGACUACGACUCCGAGAAAGAGCGGAACUAUCGGCGUCUUCAGAAUGAGCUGGACAAAGCACGGAUCAAGUUUGACGCCGCCAGUAACAUCACGGGCAGAUACGAGGCGAUCCUGGCCCACAUGCAGGAGGAGUGUCGUCUGUACCCCACGCGCCUUGACGUCAUGGAACAGCAGGUUACGGAAGCACGUGCAGAGCUGUCGGAACUCAAACAGAUGAAUGAAAAGGCCACUUAUAGCAGCCAAGACGCACGGACAAACCUGCUGUGCAUGGAGCGCGAGAUGUACCAGGCGAAGAGGUCACGUGACCAGCAGCUGAACGAGGCGAAGAAGGAAGUUGAGAGGAGGAAGGAGCCAGUCGACCGGACGGAGAAGAGGCCCAGAAUGUCGGUCAUCAGCGAGAGCAACGAUGUAAAGUCCUCCAGGCUGCAGGCACUGAAGGCGGGCCGCCACGAGAAGAUCCUCACCCUGGAGGAGGCCUUCGAGAAGAUCAAGAAGGCCAUCAACGUGUCCGACAUCCAGGAUGUCGUGUUCCGCGUGGCAAAUCAGGACAACACCAGGGGCCUACUGGUACACCAGAAGAAGGAAAAGCUCGGCCAGCGCCACAAGCUGCAGGAAGACCUGGCAAAGCUCAAGGCGGUGUUCGAGGAGCUCAAGUUCACCAGUCAGAGACAAGCCGCCAAGGGCCGCCUGCUUGUGGACGGCAUGGAGGAUUACGCGUGUAGUGAAGAGAAGCGGCGGGUGAUGUCACUGGACAUGCUGGACAAGAAGGACAAGUUGUUGCUGGACCUUCAGAAGGGAAUCGCCACGCUCUUCGACAAACUGAAGGAGAUCAAGCUCAAACCACCUCACCACAACUUCACCAAGGGGGAUCCCGUGGAUGACUUGGCCAACUGUGAGCGGCGCCUGGUCCAGCUGAUGGCCACAGCCACCGGGAAGGGGGAUGAGAGGGUCGCUGUCGGAUCCAAGAACGUCGACACGCAGAAGCUUCACGAGUUCCUGGAGAACCGCCUGCCUGCUGAGAACACCCGCAUCCGCCUGGACGAGGAGGACAACAGCGACUCCGACGACUUCACGUUCGACCACGACCAGGACAACGAGGGUCACCUGUCGCGGGACGACGUCAAGCGCUUGGGUCGGGAGAUCCUGGGCACCAAGCUCAAACCCAAGAAGCGGAAAGCCAGGAAAUCCAGAAAAUCCUAGGAUCCUAGCGUGUGUCGGUGUUUUGCGUAUGUCCGUGUCUUGCGUGUGCCCAUGUCUUGUGUGUCGCAUUUGUUCGAAAGUUUGUUGGACCAGCGUCGACUUGCCCCUUGAGGUUAGCAUUGAUUUAACUGUGGGAGGAGGAUUUGCAUGUAUAAGAAACUACCAGAUGUAUAAGAUCAUUUCUUAGGCCGCAAAAAAUUAACUACUUUGUUUUCUGAAUCCCCUGAUGUGUUUUUGGGGUGGUAAUUUUCGGAUCAUGAUCACGUUAUCACACUAAGUACUGAAGUACCUCCUUUGCUAUAAAAUGUCCUACAAAGAUAUGGGGGCAUAUUAAGCUCUGAACGAUGAUCUAGAUUUCCUGACUUAUACCACUAAAGAAAGUUAAGGACCACCUGAUUCUUUCAUAUUACUGUAUUUAAUCUGUCAUGGCAUGAGACGUUAACUAUAUUAAUGCGAAAGAAUCGGGUGAUCCUUAACUUUUUUGGAGUAGUAUAUUUUGAUUGUUCAUCACGAAGCUCAUGUAAACCACAGAAUAAAUUCAACUGUUGUGUUUCUGUAUCGUUUAAUUAGUCCAAAACGUUGUUUUUUCCCGCUUGUUUAAAAUACCAACAUCUACUGUUGGGACCACGAUAUUAUUGUAUUUAAUAUUUGCUAUAAAACCUUGUUUUGUUAUUUAAUCAAUAUUUUUCUGUUGUAGAUAGAAUGGUAAAUCAUAUUAUGAAUAAAUGUUUCCAAUCCA